CGACGACCGCCUACACCCACACCAACACCAUCAUGGACUCGCUCACCGACGACAUCGAGUCAAUCCUCUUUAUCGCCCGCGAGGUGAUGGUCUACCGCGUGCCCCCGCGUACCAGCGCGUCGGGGUACAAGGCUGCCGACUGGAACGUCGAGGAGUUUCUGUGGAAGGGGCGGCUGCGAGUGAUUGAGGUGGGGAGCAGGUGUGACAUUCGGUUGGAGGACGCGACCACUGGCGAGCUCUUCGCCCAGACCAUGUACGCCGCGCCCUGGACCCAGGUCGAGCCCGUGCUCGACUCGUCGCGCUACUUUGUCCUCCGUGUCGAGGGUGACGGAGGAAAGCGCGCGUACAUUGGCAUGGGAUUCCUGGAGCGGAGCGAGUCGUUCGACUUCCAGGUCGCGCUCCAGUCAGUGACCAAGCGCGUGUCGGCGCCCCCCGAGACAGACGACGACAAGCCCGCCAAGCCCGCCGCCCCGCCCAAGGACUACUCGCUCAAGGAGGGGCAGACGUUCAGCAUCAAGCUGCCCGGGCGCGAGCCGCGCAAGUCGCCCGCGCCCGCGCCGGCAAACAACGGCGCUGGCGGGGGACUGUUUGCGCUGCCGCCCCCUCCGCCGCCUGGACGGAGGAAGUGAGCGCUGCGGGUGUGUGUGAAUGAGAGGAGGGAUAGAGUUACGACUGUACAUGACAUGCAUGGCCGAUGCCGAG